AUGGCCUUUCUCGAGGAUCCACGCCUGCGUCAGCGCUGGAACCAGAUUGCACACGACGCAGAGGCCGUGACUGAGAAUGCCGCUGCCGGCAUCUGGACAUUCCAGCACCACUACAUCAACCCUUGCCUGGGGUCGGUCCGAGGCGCCAUUGAGCAAUGCACGGCCGUCUGCCUGGGCGAUGCCGAAGAGCGUAUCCGACGGCAGCGAGAGCGCGCCCGCGAGAGGGCAGAAUACAGUUUUAAUUUCUACGAUGACUGGGAUCGUGAGGAAGAGAGCGGCGGGCUGCUGGGCAACUGGGGCGGGGAAGACUGGGAUCGGCUCUUGGCUGGCUCUGGCAGCAGCCAGAGGAGGCCUGAGACGGUCGACCACCAGCCGCGCCGAAAGCGAGGCAUGAGCUACGGAACCAGAGGGGCCAGGAGAAAAAACAGCGAGCAGGAUCCCACCAUUAUCCCCAGCACCCAGCCGAUUGGAUUCCUAAGCAAGCUCCCUUGGAAGAUGGGUGGUACCUUGCGAUACAAACCUAGUGCGGCGGAUCUGCAAGAGCACCCUGGUGCCAGAAAACACGAAUAUACCGAGACGCAGCCGCUGCUGGGAGCGGAAGACGAUUCGGAUCACGGAGAACUACUACAACCGUCACGGUCAAGGAAGCGGAGCGGUACAACGGGGUCAGGCGCAACAUCAGACUCUUAUCGUUCCCGUGGUGAUCUGUUUCCCAGCGACGGCGAAGGAGACGAAGAUGCAAUAGCACUCGAUGAUGAGGUGACCUAUGACAUGAUUAGAAAGGAUGACAGGAGCAGCAGGAGUGGAAGAACGCCGAGCAGUAAAGGCAAGCGGCCGGCGCAUACCGUCUCUAGAACAGUAUCUAGGACAACCCUUGGCUCCGUCGGAUCAAGAGAAUCUCUGGGCCUUGGCCUCGCCAUAUUUGGAGCAGUAUCGCAAGAAUCCGUACAAGACGCCCAGCCGCUACCAUCACUUAGAGACCUCGAGCUAGAAGAAGAACGCCUAGGGAAAGAAGAGGAUGAAGAAUUGGCAAAGAAGAAAGAGGCUGCAGCCCAAUUGGCGGUGGACCGAGGUUUGCAAACAGAAGCAGAGCCGAAGCCGGCGGAUGUGGGAGACGAUGAGUAUAAACCGGAAGAAGAGGCACACGAGAUACACUUGGAAGAUGGUGAGGAGAGUGACGAUGACGAGGGUGAUGAAGAAGGUGCCCUUCACGAUUCCGGGAUAUCCGGACAUGACCAGGAGGCUCAGGCGAAAGAUGAGACAACGCCCACUGUCAAGAGCGGCUUCGUUCCUGCGCGGCUGCCACAUUUUGGAUGAGCUAUUGAGCGUUGCUGGCUUUGCAGAAGAUUAAAAGCUUCGGAUACGUUUACAUGUAGUCUUCGACCUAUAUAUAAUACUACUGACACGGGACGCCUAGAUGUCACUAUUACUACCGACUUGGGCGGGAAAUGCUGAGAUUGUUACCAGCGGCCUGCUAGCGCGGUAAUGGAAUGACGCGGAGAGGGGGUACAGAUUUGGACUGACGAAUAUAAUGAAUGAAUGAGAAAUGAAAUGCAA